UUGAGAAUUUAAAAGAUCAAUCAAUCAAUCAAUCUAAUUACUAUCAAUUCUAUACAUCCAAUACUCAUAAACGUACUACAUAUACACAUACUACAACCAUGGAUCAACAGGCGUUACAGAAGCUAUUGAUUGAGAUGGACAAUCAAUUAAAUAAAUCCAGAGCCGAAUUACAAAUGUGUUAUCUUCAAUUAGAUCGAGUUGAUACCAAUUUACAUUUAAUAUCAAAGACCAGAGCAUCAUUAAAGAAACAAUGUAGUGAUGAUGAAACCGUAUGGCAAGGAGUUGGAAAGGCAUUCUUGGCCAUUGAUGCUAAGGAUUAUUUAGGUGGUCUUGCUGAUGAUGAAAAAGAAUUCAAUGAAUCUAAAAAGAGUUUAAAUAUUAAGAGAAAUUACUUGGAGACUACGUUAGAGAAAACUGCUCAAAGUAUGAAUCAAAUAGUAGGUAAUAAGAGGUAAGUAAAUACAAUAGAACUCACCUUUUCAUGUCAAAACUUAUGUACAAUAUCCUUUUGUUAGAUUAAUAUUUAUAUAUAAUGCAUAAUAUCA